GCAUUACUGCAUUGGAAGAACUAUUUGUUUAUUCAACAGACUCUGGGUUUUUUGUGGGUAGUUUUUUGUUUGUUUGUUUGAUUUUGUUUCUGAAAAAAAAAAAGAAGUCAGGAAUUUAAUGAGGCUGUGAAGCUUUUGUUGUUUACUGUGUAAACUAAAGGUCUUUUUGGCUGUGUGGUUCUGUUAUCAGGUUACCUUAGCAAGAUCACAAUAAUGAUCCCUUCCAGGCUUUACUGGGUUCUAUGUUUAUGUUUUUGGAGCUGAGGGUUUUAGCUUGGCCAGAAGUUUAUAGUGGUUUUUACAGUGUAUUUGGAAAUGAGUUCUUGAUUGAAAGUGGUUAUGGUGGAGGUGCCGGGGUGUGGUAGAAGCUGGUUAAUUCGUCCAUUUCUUAGAUGUGUGUAUAUUGGUCUUCAUGCAGCCCUAGGCGGAUGACUAUGGAAGGUUCUUCUGACUCUGCUUGGCAGGAAUCUGAUAGUUCUAGGGCAUUGAAUACUUCUGGAGUCUCAAACAGAAACCCUAGACUUAGUCAUGCGGAAAGAGUUGGGGUUUCGGUUGAUACAUCACAUGGUUUUGGGUUUAUAAAGGAGAGUGAUAGAGUUGUGCUGGAUGAUAGUGAUCCCCUAAGAAACCAGGGUGGUUUAUCUGGGGUUUGUGAGGAUGAUGCGGCUAUCAACCCUUUUGUUCGUGCAAUAGAGUGGGGUGAUGUUAGCUUGAGGCAGUGGUUGGAUAGACCCGAACGAUCUGUAGAUGUCUUUGAAUGCUUGCACAUAUUUAGGCAAAUAGUGGAGAUUGUAAAUGUAGCACAUUCACAAGGAAUUGUUGUUCUUAAUGUUCGGCCAUCAUGCUUUGUCAUGUCCUCAUUUAACCAUGUCUCUUUCAUUGAAUCUGCCUCAUGUUCAGAUUCUGGAUCUGAUUCUUUUGAGGAAGGAUUAAAUAGCCAAAAUUUGGAGGAUAAAGAUUUAUCUUAUCCCUUGCCCCAUGACAUGCUUCAGCAACGAAGAAGGUUGACAAGUGAAGAGCUUCAGCCAGUGACAACUCAAAGAAAUGCUUUGUCAGAAGCUAGUUGCAUGCAAUCAAGCUCAGUUUGUGGAACACAUGUAAUUUUAGUAAAAGAGACUGAAGAAAACAAAAUCUUGGAUACAAUGAAUAUGGAACAAGUUGAAGAAAAGAGGCAACCAUUCCCAAUGAAACAGAUUUUACUUAUGGAGACAAAUUGGUACACCAGUCCUGAAGAAGUUGCUGGUGCUUCUGUUUCCUGUGCUUCAGACAUUUACCGAUUGGGUGUUCUUCUUUUUGAGUUAUUCUGCCCUUUUAGCUUAAGAGAAGAAAAGAGCAGAACUAUGUCUAGUUUGAGACAUCGGGUUCUUCCUCCUCAAUUGCUGCUGAAAUUUCCAAAGGAAGCUUCAUUUUGCUUAUGGUUACUGCACCCUGAGCCAAGUAGUCGUCCAAAAAUGGGUGAGCUGUUACAGAGUGAGUUUCUCAAUGAACCAAGAAAUGAUUUGGAAGAACGUGAAGCAGCAAUAGAGCUACGGGAGAGAACAGAUGAGCAGGAGUUAUUGCUGGAAUUCCUUUUGCUGAUACAACAAAGAAAGCAGGAAGCUGCUGAUAAGUUGCAGGCCACUGUUUCUUUUAUUUGUUCUGAUAUUGAAGAAGUUAAGAAGCAGCAAACAGUACUUAAGAAAAAGGGUGGUUCAUAUGGGGAGUUGGGGAAGGAUGAGCACUCAAUGUUAAAUCUUCCUUCAUUAAAUAUUGAUGAUAAUGAUGAUUCUUCUACCUUGGGUUCUAGAAAACGAUUUAGACCAGGACUUCAGGUUCACAACAUUGAGGAAUGUGAUGAUAAUCUAGACGAUAAUCAGAAAUCAGCUACCAUCACCAAAAACGAGGGGAGUGUUCUUUUUAAAAGCUCUCGGUUGAUGAAGAACUUCAAGAAAUUGGAGGCAGCAUAUUUUUUGACAAGAUGCAGACCAAUCAGGCCUCCAGGAAAACCUUUGAUUAGACAUUCACCUUUAAGUAGUGAUGGUAGAGGAUCUAUUGUUGUAACUGAAAGAAGUUCAGUCAAUAACGAGCGAUAUAAUGAAGGUAGACAAAUUGGGUGGAUAAAUCCAUUCCUUGAGGGUUUGUGCAAAUAUCUGUCAUUCAGUAAGUUGAAGGUUAAGGCAGAUUUGAACCAAGGGGAUUUAUUAAAUUCUUCCAACCUAGUAUGCUCCCUCAGUUUUGAUCGUGAUGGAGAAUUUUUUGCAACAGCUGGCGUAAACAAGAAGAUUAAAGUAUUUGAAUGCAAUACAAUCAUAAAUGAAAAUCGUGAUAUCCAUUAUCCUGUGGUUGAAAUGGCUAGUAGAUCGAAGCUCAGCAGCAUAUGUUGGAAUACUUAUAUCAAAAGCCAGAUUGCUUCAAGCAACUUUGAAGGUGUGGUACAGGUAUGGGAUGUUUCAAGAAGUCAAGUACUUACAGAAAUGAGAGAGCACGACAGGCGCGUUUGGUCCAUUGACUUUUCAUCAACAGAUCCAACAUUAUUGGCUAGCGGGAGUGAUGAUGGUUCAGUUAAGCUUUGGAGUAUCAAUCAGGGAGUAAGUAUUGGUACCAUCAAAACAAAGGCCAAUGUUUGCUGUGUGCAGUUUCCAUUGGAUUCUGGUCGUUCACUUGCAUUUGGUUCAGCUGAUCAUAGGAUUUAUUAUUAUGAUCUCCGUAAUGCAAAGGUUCCACUGUGCACAUUAGUUGGACAUGACAAAACUGUGAGUUAUGUCAAGUUUGUGGACACUACAACUCUUGUUUCAGCAUCCACAGAUAACACUAUAAAGCUUUGGGAUUUGUCAACGUGCACAUCUCGAGUUAUUGAUACUCCCCUUCAGUCAUUCACAGGUCACACAAAUGUGAAGAAUUUUGUAGGUUUGUCGGUAUCUGAUGGUUACAUUGCUACAGGCUCAGAAACUAAUGAGGUUUUUGUAUACCAUAAAGCUUUCCCCAUGCCAGCACUGUCUUUCAACUUUAACAGCAGGGACCCCCUCUCUGGCCAUGAAAUGGAUGAUGCUGCACAGUUUAUCUCAUCGGUCUGUUGGCGUGGCCAGUCCUCAACCACCUUAUUAGCUGCAAAUUCCACCGGGAAUAUAAAAAUCUUGGAGAUGGUUUAAGUUGGCCUGUGUUUCCUAAACUAUUCUUUAUUUUAGUUAAAAUGAUAGAAGAUAUUGGUGCCAGAGGCUAGAAAAUGAAAUAAGAACAAGAAUGUUUAAACCAGAGAAGAUUGUGUAGCUAUAUUGGCUUAAGGUGGGUAUAGGGAGUUGAACAAAACAAUUUUUGGCAUUAGAUGAUAGCGGAUAUGAACAAGAAGAUUGAGACUGAUCUUUGAUCAAGUUCAUGUGGAUAAUCGUAAAGAACCCAAAAAAAAAAAAAAAAAAAAAAAA